UCCGGGUCCAGACUACAGCUCCCGGCAUGCACCCCGGCGGCCGGGCUCCCGCGCAUCCUCUUCCCGUGGUGCUCCGCGGCCGCUGCCGCGCGUUCCCGGAGGGCCCGCGGAGUUGCCGGUGCUCCCCGAAGUUUUCCCAGACCUGCGGGAUGGCGGGCGCCGCCCACUGCUCCCUGCAGGCCAAGCGCCUGCUGCUGGACCCCAAGUUCGAGGGAUACAAGCUGUCGCUGGAGCCGCUGGCCUGCUACCAGCUGGGGCUGGACGCGGCUGUAGCAGAAGUGCAGCUUCGUGAUGAUCAAUAUACCCUUGACCACAUGCGUGCUUUUGGCAUGUAUAAUUAUCUUCACCUUGAUUCCUGGUACCAGGAUAAUGUCUACUAUGUUGAUCAGUUUGGAAGGGUUAUGAAUCUGUCAGUGACUCUGGACACUGCUCUACAAAAACCAAGAGAAGUUUUCAGGCUACCUACAGACUUGACUGCAUGUGAUAAUCGCCUUUGUGCCUCAAUGCAUUUCUCAUCCUCCACAUGGGUUACCCUUUCUGAUGGUACAGGAAGACUGUAUUUAAUUAAAUCAGGCAAGCGUGGAAGCAGUGCAUCUGAAAAGUGGGAGAUUGUGUUUAAUGAAGAACUAGGAAGUCCAUUUAUUUUAGCACACAGUGUUUCAUUUGUAAAAUCUGAUGCACACUCACUAGCUGUGCUAGUGCUUAGGGUAGAAAAAGAUGAACUGGACACAAAAGGAAGUGGAUUUCAUGUUACCUUGGAAUGGCUUACAAUUGCAGAAAGAAAAGAGGGUGAUCAUAGAUACGAAAUCGUUAAAAGGAGAAUUUUGCAAGGAAAAUCAGUCCCUCAUUAUGCAGCAAUAGAGCCAAGUGGGGAUGGUCUAAUGAUUGUUUCCCACAAACCAUUCACAUAUAUGCAAAGUGAAAGUGACAAAUUAGAAGAAAAUGAUGAUGCAAAAGUAUCAAAUGAAAAGAAAGACCCUCUCUACUACUGGCAGCAGACUCAAGAUGAUGUGACAAUAACAGUUCACCUGCCUCAAGACAUCACAAAAGAUGACAUAAAAAUACGUUUUUCCCCUGAUAAUAUAUGGGUUACGCUGAAAGACCAGCCUCCUUUGAUGGAAGGAAAGCUCUAUUCAUCUGUGGACCAUGAAAGCUGCACAUGGAUAAUUAGAGAGGAUAAAAGCUUGGAAAUCUCUCUGAUUAAGAAAAACGAGGGGUGCCAGUGGCCAGAGCUAAUCAUUGGUGAUACAAGAGGGGAAUUCAUUAUGGACCCUUCCCAAUGCUCUGAAAUAGCUGAAAGCCUGAUGCAUCUUACCUCUGAAGUAAUGAAUCCAAACCCUGAAAAGGAAAACCCACCUUGCAAUGCUCAAGAGUUAGAAGAGUGUGAUGCUUUCCUGGAAGACGGCGCAAGCUUGUGCAGAUUUGAUGGUGAUACCUUAAAAGUCACUCAUAUAAUUAAUCUUGGAAGCAACCAGUAUCUUUUCUCCGUUGUUGUGAAUCCCAGAGAAAUGCCGUGCUUCUGCCUGAGGCAUGAUGUUGAUGCUCUUCUCUGGCAGCCUCACUCUGACCAACCAGAGAAUAUGUGGGAACACAUUGCUACUUUUAAUGCUUUAGGUUAUGUCCAAGCAUCAAAGCAAGACAAGAAGUUCAUGGCUUGUGCUCCAGACUACUCCUACGCUGCUCUUUGCGAGUGCUUGCGACGAGUUUUCAUCUAUCGCCAGCCGACACCUCUGGCCACAGUUCUCUACAACAGGAAGGAAGGAAGACAAGUAGGACAGGUUGCUAAGCAGCUGGUAGCAACCCUGGAAUCCACUGAUCCUAUCUUAGGCUUUCAAGCUACGAGUGAGAGAUUAUUUGUUCUCACAACAAAAACCUUGUUUUUAAUAAAGGUGAACUCUGGAAAUUAAUUAUUCAGUGUGCUCUGCUGUAGUUUGUGUUAACAGUUUGUUACAGAAGUGAAUAGGUAGACAAUCUGACAAGUUCAGUCCAAUUUGCUGAAAAACAAAAAGGGGAUGUUUUACAGGGGAAUCAAAUUUCUUUGUUAGAAUUUUUCUGUAAGAAAGUGAGUUUUUUGACUUUGCUGCCAUGGAAGUAAGCUUUUUCAGAGCUAUGGGAAAAUGUCUUCUGCAUUACCAUCUUUGUCAAAGGAAUUGUCAGAUACUGCUAUCACAUAGGUGAAUAGAUUUAUGCAUUGCUUUUUCCAAAUGACUUUAUUUGCUAUACUUCUGAGUUUUGAAAAUUCGCUGCUUUUUAAAAAAAGUUUACCUAUGAAAAAAGUAGUCUGAUAAAGAGUUACAGGCAUAUGAUGUGCACAGUAGAAUGUAUCAUAAAGAAAAAAAAAUCUCCAGUGCAAAUAUUGUUGACCAAAAAGUUGAUCUGCUAUUUUGACAUUCAGUAGUUUUGAGUGAAAUGAAUCGGGUGUUAUGUUUCUUAUACAGGUAAUUAAAUGGAGAAAUUUUGCUGUAUAUGCACAUUUUAAAUUAUUGGUUUGGGACUUAUUUAUACUUACAGUAAAAUUUGUUCAUGUUUCUAGAAUACAUUUUAGUAGCUUUUUCCAGAAGCAAUGUAAGGGUCAAUAUAUAGCUGGCAAUUAUACAUCAAAUUCUGUUAGUUAAGGUCUUGUUGUACUCUCAGUUGUGCCAUUUUUGUUUGACUUUAUACUUCAUUUCAAGUGACUCAUUUACAAUGAGAAAAUGGCUGACAGAAAAUCACUGGUAUUGUAACCUGGGAUGGGACACUCAGAGGUGCUGCUUCUGCCUCAGAUGCCACUGUAAAUGCUGCGUUGUGACAUAACUGUUCUGUCUGUGAUGCCUAACUCAAAACCUGGUAUAUUUGCAAUAUAACAGUACUAAGGCAAAUGAGGAUGCUUUGGUUGAACAAACUGGUAUGGUCAAUUGAGUUGAAUAGCUGUAUCUGAAGCUUUUUGUUUCUUAUUUUAAAUUGGCAUUGUCAGUACAUUUAAACCAAAGAGUCAGUUGUGUCAGCUCCACCCUGGGUUGGGCUUUUUUCAUAGUUUGCUUACAAAUCCAUAGCAAAGAAUGCCUAAUGUGUUGUGUACUGGCCAGAAAGGUGCUCUCAUCUGUGGUACCAAAGUACUGAGAGACUCAAAUACAGGCAGCCUUUUAGUUUGCAUCUCCCUACCAAUGUUAUUUCAGAACUCUCUAAGAAUCUGUCGUGAGAAGAAUAAAGGUUUCGUUACUUGUGAUUGUUUUGAUUCUCCUGUAACUUCUCCAGAUUUCUAUCAGUGAACUGAUUAAAUAACAUGUGGGAGGCAAGCAGUUGUGGCUUGCAAAAACCCUCCAAAUGCAGAAGCUUUUCAAGGAACUUGAUUUUCCUUCUCCUCACAGCAGGAUUAUAUAGUAUAUCAAAUAUUGAAAAGCUCUUCCAUUCUUUUACUUGGAUAAGUUAAAACAGACUGGAUUUGUAAAUCUCUUUUCAUUCUGUCCUUUUAAAACUGUUUUGAAAAUGCUUUUUGGAAAGGCUCAGUGAAUGUAUUACCAUUGCAUGACUGGUUUGCAUUUAAAUUUUAUUUGUUGGCCAGUAGUGUCACACAAGGUGGUAGAAUUCCUGCAGAGGUUCUGUAGAAAAAAAUUACAUAGCUUAUUACUUUGCAGCAUAAAUUAAAUGCUUUUAGAUGUAUAUGAAUAUUACUUAAUAAGAUAUUAAUCUUUGGGGACACAAUUAAGAACAUGAUCUUCGGCAAAUGGAGGAGUGAAGGAGUAAAGGAAUCAUAGUUAACAUGCCUUUAUCAUCUCUAGCCUACUGCAGGCAGUUUCAAUAUACAUGAGAAUUUCACCUGUUCUUUGUCAAAUUCUUCUUGCUGUGAGUUACAUGUCUGGAAACAUGCUCUGCUGUCUCCUGCAACAGAGGAAACAAAGUCAACUAAAAUGGUUAGCUCUUGAAAGGUGUUACAAUAUGCAAUGACUAGAACUCACAUUUUAAAUGUAUGUCUGUUUCAAGGGAGUUCUUGUUUGUAUCUGGAAAUAACUGAACACAGGGAAAAGGUUCAUCCUUUUUCCAUGUUACUCAUCUGUUUGUAAUCAUGUUCCCAGGAACAAUGUAUCAAGUAGUCUCUUUCUUACUUGGCUUCUAUGAGAGUCGAGGAUAUUUUAUUAUUUGAAUUACUUUUUACCUUGAGGAACCUGGAGUGCUGUUGCACAGCAAACUUACCCUGAGGCAGGGAAAUCCCAAGCACAAAAGCAGGCUGGGAAAAGAAUGGAUUGAGGGCAGCCCUGGAGAAAAGGACUUGGGGGUGCUGGUGGAUAGAGGAUGGACAUGGCCCAGCAGUGUGCACUUGCAGCCCAGAAACCUAAACAUGGCCUGGGCUGCAUCAUGUGAAGCAUGGCCUGUAGGUCCAGAGAGGUGAUUCUGCCCCUCUGCUCUGCUCUGCUCUGCUCUGCUCUGCUCUGCUCUGCUCUGCUCUGCUCUGCUCUGCUCUGCUCUGCUCUGCUCUGCUCUGCUCUGCUCUGCUCUGCUCUGCCCUGCCCUGGUGAGACCCCACCUGGAGAAAUGCAUCCAGCUCUGAGGUCCCCAGCAUAACAGACAUGGACUAGUUGGAGUAAGUCCAGAGGAGGGACACGAAGAUCAUCAGAGGGCUGAAGCACCUUGUCUAUGACAACAGACUGGAGAGAGUUUGGGUUCAGCCUGGGAAAGAGAUAAGUUUCUGGAUAAUAAGUCUCUGGGAGACCUUAGAGGAGCCUCCUAGUGCAUACAGGGGCCUGCAAGAGUGUUGGAGAGGGGUUUUGGACAAGGCCAUGUAGUGGUAGGAUAAGGGAUAAUGGCUUUAAGCUGAAAGAGAGUAGGUUUAGAUUAGAUACAGGAGGAAAAUCUUUACUGUGUGAGUGGUGAGGCACUGGACAAAGUUUCCCAGAGAAGCUGUGGAUGCCCUGUCCUUUAAAGCUCAGCACCAGACUGGAUGGGGCUUUGAGCAACUUGGUCUAGUGCAAGUUGUCCCUGCCCAUAGUGUGGGGUUGGAACUAGAUGAUCUUUAAGGUCAGUUUUCAACCAUCUUAUAGUAAUUAAAUGGCUGCAAGCCAGCAGGAGACCCUCCCUAUCAUCAGUUCAGUUUCUGUGUUCAAUUACUCUUAAGGCUUAUUUGUUCAUUUGUAUCCUAAAUAGGCUUAUACGAAGUAUAAAAUGUGGAUAUUUAAGAGAUGGUUUUCUGAUGACCAUGCUUCAAUUUUUCUAGGAUUUUGUUUCUUGAGAUCUUACUUUUUCAGACAUUUCUUCCUGAGAGGUCCCAAUCACAAUCUGUUUACAGAAUUUCUGAGAAAAUAUUUUACUAUUACAGGUUUACUUGGCUGUUAUGGCAUUACUUAAUUUUAGUAUUUUCCGUUCUUUCCUUAACUGCAUGUUUGGAAUGCAUAAUGUAUUCUUCUACAAAUUUAAAUAAACAGAAAAAAUGUUAAAAUUUUAAAAUUACUUUAAAGGAUUUAUAUUAAUUUCAAAUAUGUAGUCUUCCUAUAUUACUGAAAUAAAAUAAAAAAUAGAAAUAAGAAAUUCCUUAAAAUAAAACUUGUGUUAAGGAGCUUUGUGCUAUGGCAAAGUUCUAGCAGGUCCCUGCACUGCAGUGCCAGGGCUGUUGCCAAGACAUGCACUAUUGCACUCCUUGUAGGUCUCUGUGAAAUCCCCUGUACAGCCUUGCUAAUGUUCCACUUCUGCCAACACACAAAUUUAGAGGUAGUUACUGGAGGGGGUUGACAAGUAUUCAGGUGCAUUUGUGUGUUAAAGUGUGCCUCUGAUUCUGUGUCUUCUUUACAAAACCCAAAUGAUCUGGACAAACCCUCCUAGAUGCAAGAAAGAGAUCUGUCCUUUCUUCCUCUCCCCCUACCUGAACAUGGGUGCUUUUUUGCAGGAAAGUGGAGGAAAAGGGGAAGAAUUUGGUCUGUAUGUCUGUCCUUUGACAAAAAGUGGUUCUUCAUUAAUGAAACAGCAGAUCCAAUGAGAGUAAAACUAAGGUUAAAGCUUUUAUUUCAGUUUUUCUGUGCUGUGUUUUAAUAUGAGCCACUAGAACUCUUUCAUUUCCUUGCCUUCUGUCAAUUUAUUUUUUUCUGUUCUCAUUAUGCAGAUUAGAUGAACUUGUAGCCUGCAGCCAACCACAUAUUAGCUGUAUAAUAAAAAUUUUGGUUUAAAAUGUUGUGCUAUCAGUCCUAUGUGCCUGUAUUUCUGGAAAUUUGGUGGUAUUUGUUUCCCCUCCUCCCUAUGCAAUUCAUGUUCAUUUGUGCUAUGGAUAAAAAUCAGCAAGGUCUAAGGAUAACCUGAUGUCUUUGAUAUAGAAGAGCCAAGCAUCAAGCUAGCUUUUUCAUCAAGACUAUUGUAAUACUUUCAAAGCCAAGGUAUAGUCCCUUUUUGUUGGAGAAGCGUUUGCUGGAGUAAUAGUUUUUCCUUUAUAAAAGGUUUAAGUUCCUUCUGUAAAACUUCCUUUACACAAAGAUCUUUGUCAUUAAGUGGUAGCUGGAUAUUGAUAUAAUAAAAUAACAUCUAAUUAAUAGUUUCAGAUGCAGACCUGGAAGAUACUUGUCAUAGUCUUUACCAAUCUAAUGCUCUAUACAAAAUACCUUUAUAAACCAUUCCAGUGCAUUUUUGCAAUCUAAUGUCAGUUGCAAGGAGCUUUCAACAAAAACACAAAAGAAAGCGAAUUUUAAAAAAUUAAUAAUUUUAGAGCGUGACUUGCAUUAUGCUGUGAUGAAUAUACACUUUCUAGUAGUGUGCAUUUCUUAAUGUAUUAGUUUCAUUCUGAAUGUGCAGGACUUGUGUAUGUAUGUACAUUUGUAUUUCCAUCUGUAUAUGCACACACCUGUAUGAAUUCAUGCUGCCUUAAGGUAUGGGGAGGGUGGGGUGGCUUUUGGAGAGAAUCUUUUAACCUUACUGACAGCAAAGCUUCGAUUCUUCAUUAACAUGUUCAUGAGCCUGCCAUACAUGUGUUGUAAUGUCAUGAUAACUGCUUUAUGUGAAAACAUCAGUCAUGAAUCCUGUAGUGAUUUCCUCUGCUGAGGGUUAAAUGUGAGACAUCUCAGUUUUUAAUUUUACCCAAACUUAAACAGCUCAGAGGCCAAGUACUGAGUCGAUUCCUCAAGUUGGCAGAAUUGAUGCAGAAGUGGUAAGUAUUUAUUUUUAUCAGAACAAGUGAUGUUUAGAGGGAAAAGAAAUAAGACCCACUGAAUACUAAUUCAGUCAUUUUCAGCACUGAAAUUGCAGGUGAUUGGCCUUUAAUGAUUUUUCUCUUUUAAGUUGCUCAAUCUCUCUGUUGCGUGUGUCCCCUCUAAUAAAUGUAGAAUACUUUAUGGUAAUUUAAGGUUGAGCAAUUUAUGGGAAUUUUCUGAAUAACUCAAUUAUGCUUCCAUAUGUGGCAUCUAAAAUAUAGGCAUG